AUGUCAUCGACGCUGGAUCUCAGCCAAGUGCCGGCCUCGACGCCUCCUCCUGGGGUGACGGCCAACUUUGUCAAUCCGGAGAACCAGAAUUACCAGAUCUAUUCCAUCAACAUCGCGCUAUGUCUGACGGGCACCACUAUUCUGCUGCUGCGCCUCUAUACGCGGAUCCGCUUGCAGAAGACCAUCGCGAUCGAUGAUUGGUUUUGUAUCGGAGCGCAGAUAUGCGCGUGGCUGUUUGCCAUUCUGUGUAUGCUGAAUAUUCGGAACGGGUACGGCGUUCAUAUGUGGGACCUGCAUCUGAGCGAGAUCAAGCCCUUUAAGCAGUAUGACCUCGCGGCCGAGGACAUCUUCGUGGUCGGCAUCUGGCUGGUCAAGACUUCCAUUUUGCUGUUCUACCUGCGACUAAGCCCUGAGAAGCGGUUCCGGCAAAUGACCUAUGCCAUCAUGGUGUUUGUCGCCCUGUACAACAUCAUCAGUCUUCUCGUAUUCACGCUUGGCUGUCUCCCGGUGCAGGCCAUGUGGGAUGUGACCCUGAUGCCUACUGCCAAAUGUGUGCAGCAACUCUCUUUUGUCUAUGCCAACGCUGCGUUCAACCUCUUCUCGGAUUUGAUCACCCUGGCCUUGCCCAUCAAGCUUUGCUGGUCGCUGCAGACCACGAUUAAGCAGAGGGUGCUGCUGAUGUUGGUGUUGAUGAUGGGUUCUUUCGCGUGUGUGAUUGCCAUCGUGCGCAUUGUGACUAUGAUGCCGUUCGUGGACGACAUGGAUUUGACUUGGUACAAGGUGACCUUGGCCAAAUGGGCCAUGGUGGAAAUCAAUGUGGGUAUCAUCUGUUCCUGUCUCCCGGUGCUGCGCCCUCUGCUGCUCCGGAUCUUCCCCAAUCUCUUCGGGAGCCAGAACAACAGUGGUUUUAAGCCGAUUCAACGGGCCGAUGGCAAGGACACCAUUGGAGCUUCGCGCAAGAAGGUGAUCCGCAACUGGGACCACCUCACGACCCUGAAGGGGACAACGGCGGCGGAGACCAAUCACGAUGUGGAGAGUCUGCAUGAGAUGACCAAGCAGGAUGAUGGGAGUGGCGAGCCGGCCAUUAUGAUGGCCACCGAGUAUUCCGUGACCUCGAAGCGGAUGUCGGAAUAG